AUGAAAGUGGAUGUAAGAGGCAUCAAUCUGUCCUGUUAUUUCAGUAACUUGUCCUAUUUGAUUUCUAAUCACGGCACACAAUUUCAGGCCAAAGCAUUAGAGAUUUCGUACAAUGAGUUGAGACGCAGGAAAGAAAUCGAGGAAGUACUAGCAAAUGAAAAACAAGAGUUUCAAAAUAUGAAGAAGCAAUGGAAUGAAGAGCGUUUAACUGCCGUGGAUCAGAGAGUUUCACUAGAAAACCAGGUUGCGACCUUUAAUUAUAUGAUUAAGAAAUUGGAAGAAGAAAAACUAUCUGCCGUGGAAAUGUCACAAGUUUACAAGAGGGAACAAGAUGAGUUGCUGGUGGAGCGCAACGAUGCACUCAAAGUAGCUGAGGAGCUUCUGGGACAACAGGCAGAGCCCUUCUCUGUUUUUUCCUUAGCAGAAAUCCAUGAAGCAAGUUGCAAUUUUGAUCCAUCCUUGAAGAUUGGGGAACAAGGAUACUGGAACAUAUAUAAAGGUUUACUUCAUUCCACCACAGUGGCUAUAAAAGUGCUGAACACAGACAGCUCGCAAGCUCACUCCGAAUUUCAACAGGAGGUUGAAGUUAUGAGUAAGAUCAGACAUCCGAACCUCAUCACUCUAAUUGGAGCUUGUCCUGAAGCUUGUGCCCUCAUUUAUGAAUAUCUUCCGAAUGGAAGCCUUCAAGAUCGACUCAGUUGUAAGGAAAACUCUCCGCCAUUGUCAUGGCAAACUAGGAUACGCAUAGCAACUGAUAUUUGCUCUGUCCUGAUAUUUCUUCAUUCCACAAAGCCUCGCAGCCUGGUAUAUGGAGACUUGAAAGCUGAAAAUAUUCUUCUUGAUGAUAAUUUAGUAUGCAAACUCAGUGACUUUAGAAUCCCGCACCGUCCUCGGGUUCUUGAAAUGGAAGAAGUAUCUCCCAAGUCGGAUAUCUACUUGUUUGGAGUUAUACUUUUACAAUUGUUGACUGGGAAAUCCCCUUUGAAUAUAGCAAAUGAAGUACAAGAUGUUGUGGUGGAAGGAAAUCUGGUAGCCUUUUUAGAUUUCUCAGCUGGGGACUGGCCAUUUGUGCAAGCCACACAAUUAGCACACUUGGCUUUGAGGUGCUGCGACAUUGACCCAAACAAACGACCAGACCUUGCAGCAGAGGUCUGGAUGGCGCUUCUACCAAUCAGAGCUUCUUGUGGAGUCUCAUCAUCAUCGUGGCUGGGUUCUCAAGGGCAUAGUCAACCUCCAUCAUACUUCAUCUGUCCCAUCUUACAGGAAGUGAUGCAAGAUCCUCAUGUAGCAGCAGAUGGUUUUACUUAUGAAAAAGAGGCUCUGAUGGGAUGGUUGCAGAGUGGUCAUGAUACUUCACCUAUGACAAAUCUCAGGCUUGCAAAUCUCAAUCUUGUCCCCAACCAUGCCCUUCGUUCUGUAAUCCGAGAGUGGCUUCAACAUCGUUGA